AUGUUAACAAUAAUGAUCACAUUCUCCACUGCCCCGUUGACUUUAUUGGUCACAUUCUUUCUGUGUGCUCACUUUAACCUCUGGCUUUCAAAUGCUAUCUUGGAAAACAAGACUUAUAAAAAGCCCAACAUCAUCAUCAUUUUAGCAGAUGACAUGGGAUGGGGAGAUCUUGGUGCAAAUAAUGCCACAGAGACAGCAACAACUCCAAACCUAGAGAAAAUGGCUUCAAAGGGAUUAAGAUUAGUGGAUUUCCAUUCUGGAGCUUCCACCUGCUCACCAUCCCGGGCCUCACUACUCACUGGAAGGCUGGGAAUCCGUAACGGAGUUACACACAACUUUGCCGUAACCUCCUGUGGUGGUCUUCCCCUGAAUGAGACAACACUGGCAGAUGUCCUAAAGGAAUCUGGUUAUUACACCGGUCUCAUUGGUAAAUGGCAUUUAGGUCACCAUGGGCCCUAUCAUCCAAACUCACGGGGCUUUCACUUCUACUAUGGAAUCCCAUACAGUAACGACAUGGGCUGCUCAGACACAGCCGGGUACAACCUUCCACCCUGCCCACCUUGUCCUUGGAGCCUGCAAGAGACACGAUACAGGUCUGUGGGUGGAUGUAACACAAAGCUGGGAUUACCACUGAUGGAAAACUCUCGGAUUUUGGAUCAGCCGGUGGAUUUAAACAGCUUGGCCAGCAGAUAUGCAGACAGGGCCACGGAGUUCAUCAGAGAUGCCAAGUCAGUGAUUACUGCAUUACUAGCAAAUACAGAGCAAAUGCGGGGUCCGGGGGGAGAGCGGAUACAGCGAAUG